AUCAAUAUAUAAAAAAACACAACCGUUGUUAUACGUUAGGGCAAAACUCUGUUCAUUUCAGAUUCCAACCCUCUUUGUUGCAGGAACCACAGGAACACCAUGUUAUGCCGGAAAUUGUUUGUUAUACCAUUCCAUUUUCGCAAUGCCUAUUCAACCCUUAUCAAUACCCAUGCUUAUUCUCAGAACCUCUUUUCACACUUUGCCUCCACCAAAUUUAACAUUUCUGCGGCCCACAUCACUCGGAUGUUUAAACUAAAUCCCCACUUGCAGAGGCUUCAAACCCUCGACAAGGUCGAGCAGUUUGUUGAUAUGUUGAACAGAUGCGGAUGCUCUGAAGUCCAAAUUGCUAAGAUAAUGAUGGCACGUACGCAAAUGAUCAGCAGAAGUGUAGAAAGAAUAUCGGAACCCAAAAUCAAACUGCUGGAAGAUUUCGGCUUUCAAGGUGAAACUCUGGCGAAGCUUUUGGCGAGCAAUCCAACCAUCUUGAGCCUCAGCCUCGAGAACACCCUUCUUCCCAAGAUGGAGUUUCUUAAGAAUUUAUUUCAGUCCCAGGAGUUCCUCAUCAAAUCCCUGCUUAGAGCUCCUUCCAUUUUAUGUUGUAACCUGGAGAAGACCCUGAAGCCCUCAGUUGUUUUCUGGGAGAGAUGGGGUUUUCAGGGCACGGAGCUCUUCGGACUCUUACGGAUAAGACCGUCCAUUCUGCAACGCUCUUCUCUAACGCCUGCCCAAGCUGAUCUCAUUCGGGAGAUAGGCGUCGACAAAGGAAGCAAGAUGUUCAAAUAUAUUGUUAAUAUAGUAGCUACUAGCCGCACGGAAACGCUGAAGGCCAAGAUAGAGAAUUUCCAACUUUGCGGGCUCUCGGCUGAAGAAAGCUGGCAACUAUGUCGGGUUGCACCUCAAGCUCUUUAUUACUCCAGGGUAAGAGUUCAUGAAACGAUGAACUUUGUAGUUAAAGACAUGGAGCUCCCUGCAAAUUAUAUAGUGAAGCACUCCUGCUUGUUGCAUUUAAAUUUGGAAAAGAUUAUGAGGCCCAGGUUUCUAGUUUGGCAGAAAAUCAAAGCCAUGAAUGGCCCGAGCCUUUGUCUUUUGUCAGUAUUGAAGAUGACAGAGGAAAGGUUUGUUAGAAAUAUUAUCAGAGGACAUCCUGAAUCUACAGCACUGUGGACUAUUUAUGAAAAUGCCAUCUCUAAGGCCUCCAACCACACAAAGAGCUCAAUCCACUGUUAAUUUGUAUUUUUGGGAACGAGACAGUGAGAGUCGGGACACAAAAACCACAACAAACAUAUUAAUCCAGUCUUUAGCAGAAGGCAGGCAGGCCACCCUUAUCCAGGUAUUGGCUGUGGGCAUUUUACAUUUCUGGAGCAACAGAAGCUACGCCCAUCCCCUGCCAUGCAUUCUGUGUCUAAUUGUUCUUCAAGCAAGAGGCAGGGUUCAUUCCCAGGUUUGUGAGUAUGAGUUAUGUUGCAGCCUGUUUGAAAGCCAAGGGCAGAGGAGUCUUGAAAUUCUCUCAUGCACAAAGUGGCCAUCUCCAAAAUUGUAAUAAUGGAGGAUUUCCUUUACCACAACAAAAUAUUGUAAAAUGACAGGCUGAGAAAACUGUUAUGGGUAAUUGAAUGCAGGUCUUUGGGGGGGUGGUGGGUAAUUGAAUGCAGGUCUUUGGGUGAAUUUUCUAGAAAAUCGAAUUUUGGUUUUGGGGAAAUUUUUUUUUAGAAGAAAUGUUGGGCAAGGAAAAUAUUUGCAGAGGUUCUUUGAAGUUUGCUUUUUGGUUGUUGUGUGUUGUUCGGACUGGAUUUUGGAGCUUCGCCAACAAGUUCAUUCCAAGAUUGUGUUUUAUGGUAGGGGUUUAAAAUCCCUCGUUGUGUGUUUUGGUUAAUGAAAAUUUUCUUUGAAAAAAAAUUUAAAUUCUUGUGUUUAUGGAUUUUUUGGGAAGUAGUGUUAAUUUGGAAAUUCCCUAUGUAUGAUUUUGAUUUUUGUAAUGGGGGUUCAAGUUUAUAAUCCUGGUAUUGCCAGGGUUGUAUUGGGAUUUCCAUGCUUCCAAAUUAUUGUCUUUCUAGUUUAACAAAUUUAUUUUGAGCAUGAUUUAUGGAAAGAAAAGAAAUUAUUUUGUGUUUGUAAUUUGUUAUGGUUAGUUGUUUUUGAUUAAUAUUUCAUUAUAGAGAAUUUAAUUAUUAAAUGAUAAUUUUGAAAUCUGAGGAUUUUAUUCGGUGGUUGUGAUUUUGAUCUG